UUCCUUGAUACGAAUCUGUGGCUAAAGGGGUUAGAGGCUCCAUGAUUGUUGAUGUCGAAUAAGAUUGAAAAACCUUCGUUUUGCAACGAGAUCGCUAAUAGUUUGGUGAAAAGACACAACACACUGAUUCACUGUUUAUAUCUGAAAACAGUAAGUUGACAUAGCUUUGUUUUAAGACAGUAAUAUUAAUGCCAGAUGAAGUUGACAUAAAAUAACAUUUUACUGCAAGCACAUAAUAUCUAUUAUCUUUUAAUGACUAAAGAAAGACUUUAUACAGAACAGAUUUAACCCUGAUUAUAUAAAUAUAUGGUUGAAAUAUUGUGAAAUAUUUUUUAUGAGUAACAUUAAUGACAUAAUUUUUCUGCUUCUCUGUCUGGAAUUGGUACAUGAUUCUAGGUUCUUAAUUAAACUUGGGCAAAUUCAAAAUGAAGUUUCCUGCAUAUUCAAAUCUCAGCAAACAUAACUGUUGAUGAAAAUAGAACAGUAAAAAUACUUGUUAAGAAUAAAAUAUUAAAACAGAAAGUAGAAAUACCUCUACAUAUUGUGGUGAGAGAAGAAAAAUUAUGGAAAAUGAAUUAUUUAAGAAUCCGAUUACAUGGAAAACAUAGUCUAAAAAGAUUGGUUUAUCAGAUGAAAUGUUGAAAGAAAUAGGAAAGUCUUCACAUAGCUGUGAAAUUUGUAAAAUGUCAUUCUCUAGAAAAAAUAAUUUAACGACUCACCAACAUACUCAUAGAGGAAAAAGACUUUAUCAAUGUGAUAUCUGUGGUAAAUCAUUUUCUGUGAAUAGUAACUUCACUAAUCACAAAUGCAUUCAUACAGGUGAGAAAUUACACAGCUGUGAUAUCUGUGGUAAAUCCUUAUCUCGGAAUCACAGCUUAACUAUACAUAAACGCAUUCAUACAGGAGAGAAACCAUAUCACUGCAAUAUCUGUGGUAAAUCAUUCUCUGAAGGAAGUGCCUUAACUACACACAAACGCAUUCAUACUGGAGAAAAACCAUAUCCCUGUCAUAUCUGUGGUAAAUCAUUCUCACAGAUAUCUACCUUAACCAAGCACAAACGAUUUCAUACAGGAGAACAACCAUACCACUGUGAUAUCUGUGGUAAAUCAUUCUCAGCAAGAAGUAACUUAACAACCCACAAACGUAUUCAUACAGGAGAGCAACCAUAUCACUGUGAUAUCUGUGGUAAAUCAUUCUCUGUAAAAAGUCAUUUAACUGCUCAUAAAUACAUUCAUACAGAAGAGAAACCAUAUCACUGUGAUAUCUGUGGUAAAUCAUUUUCCCAAAGUGGUAACUUAACUACUCACAGACGUAUACAUACAGGAGAGCAACCGUAUCAUUGUGAUAUCUGUGGCAAGUCAUUCUCAGCAAGAAGUAAUUUAACUACUCACAAACGCUUUCACACAGGAGAGAAGCCAUAUCAUUGUGAUAUCUGUGGUAAAUCAUUUUCUGAAAAUGGCGUCUUAAGUAAACACAAACGCAUUCACACAGGAGAAAAGUCAUAUCAUUGCGAUAUCUGUGGUAAAUCAUUUUCACAAAAAUCUAACUUAACUAAACACAACCGCUUACAUACAGGAGAGAAACCAUAUCACUGUGAUAUCUGUGGUAAAUCAUUUUCUGGAAGUGGUGACUUAACUACACACAAACACAUUCAUACAGGAGAGAAGCCAUAUCACUGUGAUAUCUGUGGUAACUCAUUCUCUCAAAAAAGUCACUUAACAAUUCACAGACACAUUCAUACAGGGGAGAAGCCAUAUAACUGUGAUAUCUGUGGUAAAUCAUUCUCUUUAAGAAGUCACUUAACCACUCAUGAACGUAUUCAUACAGGAGAGAAGCCAUAUAAUUGUGAUGUCUGUGGAAAAUCCUUCUAUGCAAGUAGUAGCUUAACUAAACAUAAACGCAUUCAUACAGGAGAGAAACCAUAUAACUGUGAUAUCUGUGGUAAAUCAUUUUCUCAGAGAGGUAACUUAACUACCCACAAACAUAUUCAUACAGGUAAAUAGUUUAACUAGACACGUAUAUCAGAACAAAAACCAUACAACUGAUAUCUAUAUUAAAUCCUUCUCUCAAAAAGUCACUUUACUAAACAUGCAUGUAUUUAUACUGGACAUUAACUAUAUCAAAUGUCAUUGUA